GGAGCCGCCCCUGCAAGGCGGCCGAGGCCACCCCGUGUUUUCCUUAGUGCCGGAGCCGGGAGCUAAGAUGGCGGCCGCCGACGGAGAUGACUCGCUCUACCCUAUCGCGGUGCUGAUCGACGAGCUGCGCAACGAGGACGUCCAGCUACGUCUCAACAGCAUCAAGAAACUCUCCACCAUUGCCUUGGCCCUCGGUGUGGAGAGGACCCGCAGCGAGCUCCUGCCUUUCCUCACAGACACGAUUUACGAUGAGGACGAGGUGCUGCUGGCUCUGGCUGAACAGCUGGGGACCUUCACCGCUCUGGUCGGGGGACCUGAAUAUGUGCACUGCUUACUGCCCCCAUCUCACUACCCCUCGCAGCCCCCCCUGGAGAGUCUGGCGACAGUGGAGGAGACAGUGGUGCGAGACAAGGCGGUGGAGUCGCUGCGUGCUAUCUCCCACGAGCACUCUCCCUCGGACCUGGAGGGACACUUCGUGCCCCUGGUGAAGCGCCUGGCAGGGGGCGACUGGUUCACCUCCCGCACCUCGGCCUGUGGCCUCUUCAGCGUCUGCUAUCCUCGCGUGUCCAGCUCGGUCAAGGCAGAGCUCCGGCAGUACUUCCGGAACCUAUGCUCCGAUGACACCCCCAUGGUGAGGCGGGCGGCGGCUUCCAAGCUGGGCGAGUUCGCAAAGGUCCUGGAGCUGGAGCAUGUGAAGGGCGAGAUUAUUCCCAUGUUCUCCAACCUGGCCUCCGACGAGCAGGACUCUGUGCGCUUGCUGGCUGUGGAGGCUUGUGUCAAUAUCGCUCAGCUCCUGCCCCAGGAGGACCUGGAGUCCUUGGUGAUGCCCACGCUACGGCAAGCGGCAGAGGACAAAUCAUGGCGGGUCCGGUACAUGGUGGCUGAUAAGUUCACAGAGCUCCAGAAAGCCGUUGGGCCUGAAAUCACCAAGACCGACCUGGUGCCGGCUUUCCAGAACCUUAUGAAGGACUGCGAGGCCGAGGUGCGGGCUGCUGCCUCCCACAAGGUCAAAGAGUUCUGUGAGAACCUGUCAGCUGACUGCCGCGAGAACGUCAUCAUGACCCAGAUACUGCCCUGCAUCAAGGAGCUGGUGUCGGACGCCAAUCAGCACGUCAAGUCAGCGCUGGCCUCCGUCAUCAUGGGGCUCUCACCCAUCCUGGGCAAGGACAACACCAUCGAGCACCUGCUGCCGCUCUUCCUGGCCCAGCUCAAGGAUGAGUGCCCUGAGGUUCGGCUCAACAUCAUCUCGAACCUGGAUUGUGUCAAUGAGGUGAUCGGCAUCCGGCAGCUCUCGCAGUCGCUGCUGCCGGCCAUCGUGGAGCUGGCCGAGGAUGCCAAAUGGCGUGUCAGGCUGGCCAUCAUUGAGUACAUGCCCCUGCUGGCCGGGCAGCUGGGGGUGGAGUUCUUUGACGAGAAGCUGAAUUCCCUGUGCAUGGCUUGGCUGGUGGAUCAUGUUUAUGCCAUCCGGGAGGCAGCCACCAGCAACCUGAAGAAACUGGUGGAAAAGUUCGGCAAAGACUGGGCCCAUGCCACCAUCAUCCCCAAAGUGCUGGCCAUGUCUAACGACCCCAACUACCUUCACCGCAUGACCACGCUCUUCUGCAUCAAUGUGCUUUCGGAGGUGUGCGGACAGGAGAUCACCACCAAACACAUGUUGCCCACUGUACUGCGCAUGGCGGGCGAUGCUGUGGCCAACGUCCGCUUCAACGUGGCCAAGUCCCUGCAGAAAAUAGGACCAAUCCUGGACAACAGCACCCUGCAGAACGAGGUGAAGCCGGUGCUGGAGAAGCUCACGCAGGACCAGGAUGUUGACGUCAAAUAUUUCGCACAGGAGGCCCUGACCGUGCUGGCGCUGGCCUGACCUAGAGGAUGUGCCCUGUCGUCUCCCUGACCUCCAGCUGCCGUCGGACCCUCACUCCCUGGCCCCUCCCCAAGCCUCUGUGCAUGUGUAUGAACCCCUGUUGGGUGGGGGUGCCCGACGGCCCAAUACAGGACCCCCCCAUUCCGAUCAGCCCCUUCCCCCUCCGACAGUUCAUCUCCCAUCUGGACACUCACCGGGGCGCAGCACUCGGCCCCCCCAGUAUUCCACCCCCCCACUCAAACACUGCAGCUUGGGGGGCGGCUCAUUGCUCCCGGAGUCCCCCAUCCCUGUGCUGCCUACCCCUCUGGACGGCUCGUCGCAUCCCUCCUCAGCAGCUUCGCCCCCCCCCCAAUCCCUACCCACCGCGGGACGGGUGCAGGAGGAGAUCGGGGUGGGGGGGAAGGGGCGGCACUGAUUUCAGCUGGUCUUAGGAAAGGCUCUGUCCCUCCCUGGCCCCCGGCUGUUCUGUACCACGUCCCCGCUCUCCUCCUUCUCUUCCUUCAUCCAUCUGCUUUUCUCACUCCUCUCUGCUGAAAUCUGCCUCCUUCUCCUCUUCCCCUGCAGCAUUAAACUCCCCCCAGACUCAGCAUUGCCAUCCUAGGCCCUCGUCCUUCCCAGAGAGCCCCCCCAUAGCUCCCCAAAAUCAAAACUCAUCCCAAUGCCCCCCCCCCGGGGGCGGGGGGGGCAAGUUUUAAGCAGAGAAGAGACCAAAUCUCCCCCUGGUAACAGGGUUUCUUUAAUGUGAAUUUCGGCGCUGGUCAGUUUCAUGCUGGGCUGGAGGGGUCUCCCUUGUCAGUUUCACCUUUGGGCUCUGGGCAGGUUCAUGCUGGCAGGCGCCCGCCUGAUGCCAGCCUCAGGGAGGCUGCAAAUGCUUCUCAGCCAUGGGGCAAAGGGCUUUCAGAUCCAAACGCUGGAGCCUGGAACCCCCCGGGGCGAUCUCUCCAGGGUGUGAGACGCUGAUUAGAACAUGGGGGGGCCCCUUGUGGCAGCGGGUCAGCUGACCUUCUCAAAUCCUCUCUGCCAAUCAACCCACACAAGGGUCUGAGCCCCCUUCCCCAGCCCCCAUGGGGAGCUGGGAUUUUACAGGCAACGCUUGGUGUGGGGUCAUGACCUUGAGCUGGGUCAUGGGGGUAAAAUCUGCUCUGAGUUCACCCCACAGCCUCUCAGCUGUGGUAAGGAAAAGCCCCCACCCUUCAGGUGCUGCUGACUGGGCAGGAAUUAGAUCAGGAUUUCCUCUGGGUUCUAGCCCCAUGGCCGUCAAUCCUGCUGCGGGCCCCUGCUUUCGGUUCUCUGGGGUUGUGCCCCUCACCUGGAAGGAGCGGGGCAUCACUGAGGCCAUCCCCAUUAGAUGGCUCUAAGUCAAGGGGCAUUUAACCACUCAGUCCUGCCCUUACCAUGCAAACGCCUGUGCCCCAGCGUGACCCUUCCCUUUGCUGCUGCCCUGGUGUCAUGCACUGAGCAAAUACAGGGUGAUCCCUAACCCCCCGCACCCUUUAACACAAGCCCCCCCGUCCCCCUCCUCCUCCACACUGUUAGUGAAAUGUCACUUUAAAGCCAAUGUGUUUCUUUGUGAAAACUUGUUUUUAUUUUUUUUUCUUCUCCAUGAUUAAUAAAAUGCUCGACCGUU